AGGCCAAGUGUCAUUCAAUGGUGGCAUGCAUUGCCACAGAAGUAGCCGGCAACAAUGGUCCUCCAAUUUCCAUCAUAUAUACGUUCCCAUUUCCAUUCUCUCUCUCUUGCCAAACAGACCAAAGGAGGAGGUUGAUAGAUGCAACCGCUUCUUCCUCCUCCUCAUUGAAGCUCUGGUGGGUUCCCCCUCUUUCUCUCUUACCAUCAGCCAAAGGAGGAAGUGGAAGCAGCGCUUGUUUCUUCUUCCUCAUUGCACCACCCCUCUGGCUGAUGUUAAGAUAAAGUAUCACAAGAAGCUGCUAGGAUGGCUGUCAGCUAUAAAUAUUGGAAUGAAUGCAUUGACCCGUUGGACAUGGAAGCACUAUGGAAUCUUCCUAAUGUGAGUGCUGAAUGGGAAGAUGCAGGUGAGACCAGAGGGCAGAAAGUUCACCUCUCACGUGAUCCUGAUGGACAGGUUUUUUUGACACAGACUGAGAUGAAGGCUGUGGCUGAGAUGAUCGUUCGCAGGCAUUUUGCUGGAAAGAUAGACCCUGAUAUGCUUUGUGCUAUUGCUGAACUUGAAAGUGAUAGACAGCCCCUUGCUCGGCGGUAUGACAAAAAAUCCAAGGCCACUCACCUAGGGAUCAUGCAAAUUUUACCAAAAACUGCUGAUUGGCUAGCUAGUGAGAAGGGUCACGGGGCAUAUCAAUUGAACGGGAAUGAACUUCUCCUGUUCAGGCCUUUCGAAAAUAUAUAUUUUGGUGCUGCUUAUCUAAUUUGGUUAUCAAGCUUUGAACAGAAAGAAAGAAGUGAAGAAUUUGUAGUUAGGGCAUAUAAAGGAGGUACCAAAAAGGCAACUCACAAAUCAACUUUGAAGUAUUGGCAACGGUAUCUUUCUGUCAAAGAAUCUCUUCCAUCCAGAAAAAGUCUUGAAGGUCGUCGAUCUGUGGAAGAGGUUUCUGCUUCGCUUGCCCUUGCUAAGGCUGGUUCAUCGCAAAACUCAGGUGGUACAUACACAUAUUGGGACUCCGUAGCUUCUCCAGAAGACAUGGCGGACAUGUGGAAUCAUCCGGUAGUCUCUAAAGAGUGGACUCUAACUGGAGAGAAACAGGGCAAUGUGCGCUUCUCCCAAGAUGAUAAAAACAGACCUUAUCUUUCUCGGAUGGAACUGAAGGCUGUGGCAGAAAUCAUAUGCAUCAAGCACUUCAGCACAAAGCCACUUAAAGUUUCAGUUCUUUGUGGUCUAGCAGAGAUAAUAAGCAUGCGAUUCCUUAGUGGUGUCGGACCACGUCCUGGUAUAAUGGGAAUCGACUAUUCUACAGCUGUAUGGCUUUACAGGCAUAUGGGCUUUAGGGCAUAUAGAAUCAAUUCUGCUGAUGAUCUUUCCAAGCCAUUUUUGUCAAUGUACUUUGGUGCAGCCUAUUUAGUAUGGUUAGUGGAAUGUGAAGGAAGGUUACAACCUCCACAGUAUGUUAUUAAAGCUUAUAUCUAUGGGCCAAAGAAUGUGAAUCUUCAGGAUACAGGUCCUGAGUAUCUCAAGUUUGAGGAAGCCAUUAGCUACUAUGAAGAUACAAAGCGGAAUCCUAGGGAUCAAGGGAGCUGCACUGUGAUGUAACCUGACAAGCCACCCUGCCUACUUUGAUUCUCAAUUCAUUGCACUGAACCAUAUCAAGUGAAAUUAUUCUUAAGAAGUGAAAUGAAUCGACUGAAAGCUGCCAGUGAAUCGUGUUAUAGAUUAAAUUUUGUGAUCAUUCUUCUUCUUUUUAAGGCGAGAUAUGGGGAUGCUGGUAGUCGAUGUCUGUUUUCUUAAAGCAUAUAGUUCUACAGCAUUUGACAUAGGUUGAGUCACAAUUGCUUUAAAUGGCAGUCAAAGACAACACCCUGAUCUCAAAGAUAAUUAGGGGUACACUGAAAUAAGGUGUUGUAAUUUGA